AUCCGGUUGAUUAGCGGGAACGAGCACGCUCGGAAAAAUAGUCGAAAUAUUUUGAUAAAUAAAUUGAAUAAAAGAAUCCUUUUACUGCAAUAUGACGAGAGGCAGGAUAGAAUUAGGUGAUAUAACACAACACAAUAUAAAACAGUUAAAGAGAUUGAAUCAAGUUGUAUUCCCUGUAACAUAUAAUGAUAAAUUCUAUAAAGAUGUGCUAGAAGUUGGUGAACUGGCUAAAUUAGUAUAUUAUAAUGAUAUAGUAGUGGGUGCUGUCUGUUGUCGUAUUGAUAACAAUGAUAACCAAAGAAGACUUUAUAUUAUGACACUAGGAUGUUUAGCCUCUUAUAGAAGAUUACAUAUAGGAACAGUGAUGGUAGAACAUGUAUUAGAUAUUUGUGCUAAAGAUGGAAAUUAUGAUAAUGUCUUUCUACAUGUACAAGUUAACAAUGAAGGAGCUAUCAAGUUUUACGAGAAAUUUGGAUUUGAAAUUGUGGAAGAAAAACAGAAUUAUUAUAAAAGAAUUGAACCUGCAGAUGCCUAUGUGUUACAGAAAUCUUUUAGAAACAAACCUAAUACAGCAACUACUAACAGUGUUACCUCAGAUUCACCACCUGCUCAGGACAAAAAAUCUUAAUUCAAGAUGAAAUAUCAUAGGAUUUGAUGUGAUUAUUAUCAGAUAUUGUCAUCUAGAUAUUUGCUUAACCAGUUGAAAGAGCUCACUUAUUGCCAUCAAUGUCACUUUUUAGAAUAAAAUUAAACUUACAGUUUGUCUACAAUUGAAAUACUGUACAACUCAGAAUUGUCAAAAUCCAACUUUUGGGGUAUUAUUUUCAGCUGGUAAAGUAGAAUUUUAGAUGACGAUAUCACAUAAAGAAAAUGUAUGACUGUAUUUUAAAAUAGAUUUGUUUGGCUUCUAAGACAUUUGAAAAAUCUCAAAAUUUUUCAUAGGUUCAUAGGCUGACACUGAAGGAGUUAUAUAAUAGAGCAAUGAAAUCACCGUCCAAAGAAGGCAAAGGUGAUGUCUGGUUCUACUUGGAGGUGACGCUUGCUCGCUAACCUCAAGGUCCAGGGUUCAAUCCCGUCAUAAGUCAAGAUAAUACCUUCGGAUUUUUCAACCCGGUUUCCCCCUAUUAAUGAUGCAGAUAAGAAGGGCUGACAUGGAAAAAGCGUCAAGCUGUUUGGAUCGGACAUUAAACCGAGGCCCCGUGUGCUACAGGUGUGCAC